GCUCCGUUCCAAUCACGUCAAAACUCGAACAUUCUUCUUCUUCUUCUUUCCAAAAUUCCCCUCUCAACACGUUUCGCAUUAGAUCCAACUUUUUACUCGUGAAUUGGCAUCCUCAUGGUCAUCGCUCUCGAUUUUUUUGCUGCUUCUAGCUGCUGGCGCGGUGCCCAUUUCGUGUCACUCAGGUUUCUCACACUAUCGGAUCUGAUUGUUUCAUUUCCAUGCCGUUAAAGCAUUGCUGCAUUUUGAAUUGAGUUUCAGUUAUAUUCAGAAUUCAUGGAUUGUGUGUUUCUUUUAUAGUCAGAUUGGAUUUAAAAUUGCCUUGCUCCAUUUGUGAGGAUUUUAUUGAAAUGGAGGUUUCAACUGGAACUUGUAGUAGAAUUAGAUUCGAUGAGUUACAUAAGGAUGGAUCUGAGGAGUUGCAAGCAUUCAGGCUAGAAUCGGCUGAAUUUGGGGAUGGGCAUAAUUAUGAGUUUCGUUCAAAGACAGCAUUAGAGGUUUUGAGGGAAACUGUUAGGAUUCUUCGAUAUAAUGCCGCGGGAUUCAUGCUGACUGCUGUGGUGCUCAUUUGCCCUGUAUCAGCAAUCUUCUUGUCAAAUUUGUUGGUGGAUCAGUCCAUUGUGAAGAAGCUGACUAUUAGGCUUAUGCUGGUUGCAAAGUCUAGUGGAUUCCCUAUGAAGCCUUUUAUCAAACAGUGUUGUCACCGGUUCUCUGAGAUGAUAGUCUCAUCAGCAAUAUGCUUCCCUUUCUUCAUCACAUUGUCAUUGCUAUCAAAAGCUGCGGUUGUUUACUCUGUGGAUUCUACUUAUUCAAAGAAACGAGUUGAUUUUUCAAAGCUCUAUGUGAUACUUCGCAAAAUUUGGAGGAGACUUGUUUUAACAUAUGUGUGGGUCUGCAUGGUGUCUGUAGGUUGCAUCACAUCAUUUUCCGUUCUUCUUGUUGUUGUAUGUAGUACAGUUUCUGUUAUUGGGUUUUCUCCCGAUUUACUUGUAUAUGUGGCAGUCAUGCUGGGACUUGUAUUUUCAGUUGUUCUAGCCAAUGCAAUUAUUAUCUGCAAUACUGCUAUUGUAAUCUCUGUACUGGAGGAUGUUUCUGGACCACAAGCAUUGCUCCGGGCUGGAAUUUUAAUCAAGGGUCAGACUCAGGUAGGCCUUCUGAUAUUUCUUGGAUCAACAAUUGGAAUGACAUUUGUGGAGGGGUUGUUUGAACAUAGGGUGAAGACACUGAGUUAUGGAGAUGGGUCUUCCAGGAUUUGGGAAGGGCCUCUUUUGGUGAUGAUGUACUCAUUUGUGGUGCUUAUCGAUUUAAUGAUGAGUGCAGUUUUCUACUUCAGUUGCAGAUCUUAUAGCAUGGAAGCCUCAGAUGAUGAAUGUCAUUCAAUUCUAGAAACCAUGGCCAUCUCUCCUGAAGCAAUAGCCAUUGAAUGACAAUGCCUUGUAGAUUGGUGUAUUCUCUGGCUAGUUUGCUAGACUUGAUGACUUGGAGAUGGGUGUUUCCAUUAAAACUUCAGAACAUUGUUGCCAACAGUAUACCUUUUUAGUGCAAGGAAAAGUUUACUGCUCUUUGGUAAAUGUUUGCCGAAAGUUAUGGCUGGUGAAAACAUCAUUUUGUUUGUUCAGUGCUAAAAAAUCAUUACAAGGACCGAGGAACAAAUGAAAGGUAUGUGAAGCUUUAUUAUGCAACAAGGACAAAGUAGCACAGCAGUCUUUGAAGAACUAAUUAAUGGCCGGUCCUUCCCCCUUGUGAUAUAUUACUAUCUCGCGCUUGGCGGAACGUCUUUGUUAUUCAUAUGAGGGAUGGUUUUGCUACUCUCUUGGAUUUCAGGCGGUCUGCAAGGGUGACACCCUCAAAACUUGCUUAGGGAAGUGACUACACACUUUUCGCAUCAUCUGACUGCAUCUAGUUUAUUGAUUCCAUAUUAGUCAUCAUCUCUGUUAUCAACAUCCCCCAAUUCAUCCAACUAGGAGCUUUAUGAUAGAAUUCGACAGGCCUUAUUUCAUCAUGAAUACUAUACAUCUCAUACUGAUUACAAGAUUUGCAGUAACAUGCCAUGUAGAUGUGUUACGGUGUGCUGCUUCUGCUUUUCUCAUUGUUUGAUAGGCCUCUUUUAAAUUGGUAGUUCUUAUGCCUGUCAGAUUACUAUAACUUGUAGCAACUUCAGUUUCUUUUUUCGCCUAAA